UACCAGCCGCUGGCCGGCCCCCCGCUGCCAGGCGCCGAGCGAAUCCCGACAGCGAUGAAUCGUAAGACGACAGAUGGCGCCACAACCACAGCCGGGGUUCCACGCCUGGCGGCGCCGCACGCCGACGGCGCCAGCAGCGGCAGCGACAGUAGCUCCUCGCUGUACGCCGAGACCGAGCCGAUCGACUGUAGCCGGGGACGGGACGACAGCCCGGCCACUAGUGACGCCGCCUCCCGGGCCACGCUGGACUCGGACGGGCUCACGCAGCAUCUGGAGGGCGAGGGCCGGCCCCGGCUGGGGCGAACGCUCUCACUCGGCAGCGUCAACUCCGCCUAUGGCACACCCGGUGCCAGCCGACACAACUUCAGCUCCUCUGAUGCCGGCGGCGCGAACGCUGGUUUUGCCAUGGCGCCAACAGAUGACAGCACCACUCGGGAGCGGUGCCCGACGCGACGCCGCCGCAGCGAGGAGGGAGCGCGUGCGGUCCGUGUGUACCUGGCCUAGCCCGCCGGCUCGUCACUAUGCUGGGGCCGGCUGAGGCGCGGCAGCGUCACGCGUCCACCGAGUCAUGUCCAAGGGUACGCUAUCCGGCGCGGGAAGACUAAUGGAUCUGCGCUUGCUAAUGGGUUCUGCGCAGCACACCUCCGCCACCCAGCAUGGCGAGGUUUGCAGCUGUAAUGUCUGGUUGCUCGAGCUUUAACUCGAACAGUGCCCUGUCCUGACGUCCGAGUGCUUAGCAGCUGCUGGUGAACGUCCGCCACCACGCAUGCAAGCAUGGCCGCUCACACAAUAUUUCACGCGCGUGGCAGCGGGCAGAUACCGCAAGAUGUAGUUACACCGCAUAUCAUUCGGUAUCAGCGGUGCCUGUGUGUGCAUGUGAGCUGUUUUUCAGUGUGCAAUAUAAGGCCGUAAUGUC